GAGCCCCUACACCACGUACCGUUAGGCUGCCGCGCGUGGUGGAGGGGGGGCGGGGGUCAAGGCAGCGGGCCGAGCGAGCGGAACCAAUCGCAUUCCUGCUGGAGGGGUUGGCCUGGGAUUGAGGUUCUUGCACCAGCCCGGUUGGGUCCUACAGCUGCUGAAAGGGUGAAGCAAGACCUAUAAAUCCGUGACUGGGGUGCUGUGCGCUGUGCAUUGCAUCCUCGGCAUAAGCUGAGGCUCUUGCCAAAUGCACCUCCUCAAGCAUAUUUAAAAGACAAAAAUGGCAAUUGUAAAGAACUUGAGCAGAACUCUUAGUCAGUUGCUACAGAGCCCCGGUUGUGGAUGUCAGACUUCCCUUGUGCCAGUUAGAUGUAUUGGUGUCUCACCACGUCAGGUGACCUCAGAUGCCAGCUUUCAUUCAGUAUCUUUUUCAGAGACUGAUCAUCCUCGAGUGUUAAUUACAGGGGGCCUCGGCCAGCUUGGGGUGGGACUUGCUAAACUCUUGAGGAAGCGUUUUGGAAAAAACAACGUGAUCCUGUCUGACAUUAGAAAACCACCAGAUCAUGUCUUUUAUAAUGGUCCUUUUAUCUACUCUGAUAUCUUGGACUACAAGAAUCUCCGUGAAAUAGUGGUGAACAAUCGAAUUACUUGGCUGUUUCAUUAUAGUGCUUUGCUCAGUGCUGUUGGAGAAGCAAAUGUUCCUUUGGCCAGAGCUGUAAACAUUACUGGUUUGCACAACGUUCUCGAUAUUGCAGCUGAGCAUAGUUUGAGACUCUUUGUCCCUAGCACAAUUGGAGCCUUUGGACCCACCUCUCCCCGAAACCCAACUCCGGAUCUCUGCAUUCAGAGACCCAGGACCAUCUAUGGAGUCUCCAAGGUUCAUGCUGAGCUCAUGGGAGAAUACUACCACUACCGGUAUGGGCUAGACUUCCGAUGUCUGAGGUAUCCUGGAAUUAUCUCUGCUGACUCUCAGCCUGGUGGGGGAACAACUGACUAUGCAGUCCAGAUUUUCCAUGAUGCCAUAAAGAAUGGCAAAUUCCAGUGCAACCUAAAAUCAGACACACACCUCCCAAUGAUGUAUAUCGAUGACUGCCUGAAGGCUACGCUAGAUGUCAUGGAAGUGCCUUCCGCUUCACUUAGCAUGAGGACUUACAACAUCAGUGCCAUGAGCUUCUCUCCUGAGGAGCUGGUGCAAGAGGUCAAGAAGCAUAUUCCUGAGCUCCAGGUGACCUACAAUGUGGAUGCUGUCAGGCAAGCCAUUGCUGACAGUUGGCCGAUGAACUUUGAUGACAGCAAUGCCCGGAGAGAUUGGGGAUGGAAACAUGACUUUGAUCUUUCUGAACUGGUGACCACAAUGUUUAAUAUCCUUGGCUCUGACUCCCGGGUAGCCCACAUUAACUGAAACUCCUUUUCAAACCUGGUUUCCAAACUCCGACAGAGGACCAGGGAGAAACUGCUGAAUUAGUUCAUUAUGCUCUAAGUCUUAUAGCAGGUAAAUCAUAAACUUUACAUAUAUUGCAAUAGAGUUGAGGUUUAAAUACUAUAGUUUGAAUUCAGUGUGGUUAUUUGAGACAGUACCAAAUUAUUUAGUAAAACUACAGCAUCAUUAAAUGAGAAACAUAUAGGGUUCUUGAAUUUUAGCAUUUAAGAAGCUA